AUAAAGCUUUGCAAUAAUUCCUCUAGAACCUACAGAAGCGAGAGAUAUUUUAUCAGAAAACCGAAUUAGCAAAGCCCUAGAAGGAGAUGAGAGCAAUGCCGAUGGACUUCUUCGCGGACAUGGACGACCAGCCUUCGACUAUGGCCAUGGACGUGGACGACGUUGAUCCACUCGAGAUCUUCGGUGAGGGCGUCAUCUCCAUGGACAGCAAGCUCGCCGAUGCCGAUUUCUACAACGCAUUCGAAGACGACUUCGAUGACUCUGACAUCAAUUGAACCCGUCUUCGUCUUCAUCUUUAUCAUCAUGAUUUAUGAAUGUUUCUUCUUUUCUAGGCUCUGUUUUAAAAUCUUUUUAUUUCUCUGUUAUGAAACUAUGUGUCUGCCGCUUUAAUUCAAUAUAUGAAUAUCUGUAGAUAUCUAGUUUCGACCU